CGCAGUGUACAAAGCGCCGGAGGCGCCGGGAGCAGCAAGAUGGCGGCAGCCGCAGCAUCAGGGGAAGCCGCCUCUAAUGGUAACGGUAUGGAGGUGGACGUGGCCGCCCUUCCGACUGUGAUGGCACAAGGUGUAACUGGCAGCGUGACAGUAGCACUCCAUCCUCUCGUCAUUCUUAAUAUCUCCGAUCACUGGAUCCGCAUGAGAUCCCAAGAGGGGCGUCCUGUGCAAGUUAUUGGCGCCCUUAUUGGAAAGCAGGAGGGAAGAAAUAUUGAAGUGAUGAAUUCAUUUGAGCUCCUUUCUCAGAUCAACGACGAUAAGAUCACGAUCAACAAAGAAUAUUAUUACACCAAGGAGGAGCAAUUUAAGCAGGUGUUUAAAGAAAUGGAGUUCCUGGGCUGGUAUACCACUGGAGGGUCCCCAGACCCAUCAGACAUUAAUGUCCACAAACAGGUCUGUGAAAUUAUAGAGUCUCCACUCUUCCUCAAGUUAAACCCUAUGACAAAGCACACAGAUCUGCCUGUCAGUGUGUAUGAAUCAGUGAUUGACAUUGUAAAUGGUGAGGCCACCAUGCUCUUAGCCGAACUCCCAUACACAUUGGCCACAGAGGAAGCAGAGCGAAUUGGGGUUGACCACGUUGCCAGAAUGACAGCAACUGGAAGUGGAGAGAACUCUACAGUGGCUGAACAUCUCAUUGCUCAACAUAGUGCCAUCAAGAUGCUUCACAGCAGGGUACGGCUUAUCCUGGAGUAUGUCCGAGCUGCAGAGGCCGGAGAGGUGCCCUUUAACCAUGAAAUCCUGAGGGAGGCCUCAGCACUAUGUCACUGUCUUCCUGUACUCAGCACUGACAAAUUCAAAAUGGAUUUCUAUGAUCAAUGUAAUGAUGUGGGUCUGAUGUCUUACCUGGGCACCAUCACCAAGACCUGUAACACCAUGAAUCAGUUUGUCAACAAGUUUAACAUCCUGUAUGAUCGCCAAGGGAUUGGCCGACGUAUGAGAGGGCUGUUCUUCUGAAAGCUCUCAGUCUACUUAACCUCAAGCCCCACCUGUAUAAAUAAACCUUCUUUCCCAUAUUUUAGGAAUAAAAUGUUAUUACCAUCAA